AUGGAAAAAGCGAAUGGAAGCUCCUUCUCCGGAUUCAUUCUCUUGGGCUUCUCUGGCAGACCCCACCUGGAGACGAUUCUCUUUGUGAUCAUCCUGGUCCUGUACAUUUUAAGCUUUGUGGGCAAUGGCACCAUCAUACUCUUAUCCAUCCUGGAUCCCCGACUCCAUACCCCUAUGUACUUCUUCCUCUCUAACUUAUCUUUUAUGGAUCUUUGUCUGACUACUUGUACAGUCCCGCAGACUCUGAGCAACUUCAAGGGGAAAGAUAAGACCAUCACAUACGGGGGAUGCGUGACCCAGCUUUUCAUUGCCUUGGGCCUUGGGGGAGUGGAAUGUAUCCUUCUGUCCGUCAUGGCCUACGACCGCUAUGCUGCUGUCUGCCGCCCACUCCACUACACGGUGAUCAUGCAUCCCCAGCUCUGCUGGCAGUUAGUUAUAACUGCUUGGCUUAUCGGCUUUGGCAAUUCUGUGGUGCAGACGGCAUUGACCAUGACCCUUCCGCUCUGUGGUAAAAACCACGUGGACCAUUUCUUUUGUGAAGUUCCAGUGAUGCUGAAACUGGCCUGCGCCAACACCUCCAUCAAUGAGGCUGAGCUCUUUGCUGUCAGCGUCUUCUUCUUAGUGGUCCCUCUCUCACUCAUCUUGGUAUCCUAUGGUCACAUCACCCGUGCAGUCUUAAAGAUAAAGUCGACUCAGGGGCGGCGAAAAGCUUUUGGGACGUGUGGUUCCCACCUCAUGGUAGUGAUCAUUUUCUUCGGCACGCUCAUCUCCAUGUACCUCCAGCCUCCCUCCAGUUAUUCCCAGGAUGUGAACAAAAGCAUCGCGCUCUUCUAUACUCUGGUGACUCCCCUAUUGAAUCCCCUGAUUUACACUCUGAGGAACAAGGAAGUCAAAGGCGCACUGAGGAGAUUCGUUGGAAGACCCAUCGCCUCAAGAGAGAGUUAA